AUCCCGUGUUUUGUGUGCUGGUUUUCCUUAAGUCUGCGCGUCAACUUGCUUGAAAUUGAUCUUAUAUCUGUGAGAUGGACGACUCUCUUGUCGCGCGCCGUCCCAAGCGUAGCACGGCGGGCAAUCGCAUGGAGGCGGCCCUCGCCGAGUUCAAGGCGGAGGACAUUGGCAUGGACGAUGAAGAUGCAGAUUUUGCUCUGGACAAGGAGGAAGAAGACGUCUUCGGGUCCGAUUUCGAGUCUACGGACGAGGAAGAGGUUCAAGAAGACGUCGACGCAGCUGCGGAGAAGCUGAUCCGCCAAGACGAGUCGCGUAUACGCAAGACGGCUCGGACACAACUUGAACGCAUCACUGCACUUGCACAUGCUCGACAAGCUGCAACGUUCAAUCCUACAUCUAUCGCGCCGACUCCUGAAAGGCCCAAGGGAGAGAAGAAGUUGAAGCGACGCGUCUCCCUUGGGGUGGCAGUCAACGCGGAGACUGGAGAGGUCCUCGAGGGAGGUGCGGAGACGGAGGAACCGGACGCGCCGGCUACGCCUGUGACAGGAGGCAAGCGGCAUAGCACACGCACACAUACUGUCGCGAAUACCUCCGCGACCUUCAGUCGGGCACGAGAUGAACUGCGAAAGCAGGCCUCCAUACCGAAACGCGCGAAGACUAAGAUCAAAGCGCCUACGCAAGAGGAGCUCAUGAUGCGCGCUUUGAGCAUGGAGGCGGGCAAUAUCGAGGAGCAUACCAACUACCUUACGUUGGAGGAGGAGAAGCGGAGGAAGGCGCGGGCUGUUCGAGCGAGUGUGCAGGGACCCCUCAUCAGGUGGAUCAGCAAAAAGGAAGAAGAAACAGUGCUUGUACAACCUCCUCUCCCAAUCCCUCCGCCGGCGACACCGAGCCCGUAUAUCCCUUAUCGUCGACAUUCAACGUCGUUGCCUGCAUUGGCUUCGCCGGUCACGCCUGCUCGACAUUCGAAUACCCUAGCUCUCCAUCCUUCCCAGUAUACUUCUAUGGCUCCACAGCCAUCACCAUUUCAACAAUGGCCUUCAUCGACGCCCGGUCCACCUUCUCAGCACCAACCAGUCCCGCCUCUACCAUCAUCACCCGCGGUGCCUAUGUCGCCGUCAGCGACCGGCACAUCAGCUCCUGCAAAUCCAACGGCAUCUCCGUACACAUCAUUUACAAACACCGCGUCUACGUACACACAUGCACCUGUGCAACCCUUUGUGCCACAGCAAUCCCCUCCACAGACGCCUGCCUCCGCAAUGACUUUUGCCCGUGUGCCGACAGUAGCCACGCAACCAUCUUCAGCGAUGCCGCCGCCCAGCCAACCAAUCGAACGCAAAGAAAUCGUCGGGAAGCAAUAUGUGAUCCACGAAAUCACGCAGUCGGAGAAGUCUCGCCCGUCUUGGCAUUCCACGAUGACUGCGAUGUUUGGAGACCACGCUGAUUGGGAGAACUGUCGUGUCUACACAACCAAGGGUCGGCCUUUCGCGCGACCAACACAGAUUUGCCCAAUUACAGGCAAAGUGGCCAAGUAUCUAGACCCGCGAACAAACGUGCCGUAUGCGGACUUGAACGCGUACCAAGUGAUAAGCAAGGUGCUGAGGCACGAAUAUGUCUGGAGCCCGAGCCUGGGAUGUUAUGUUUCGAGGGAAGGGAGCGUCUUCUCGAGUGGUACGUAG